UGCUUUACGAAUAUAUAAUGUGAGAAAUUUGUGUUGCGUAGUGUGAAUUAAUAAUUAUUAACUUUGAAAGUUGUUAUAAGAAAUUUACAAAAAAAUUAUUCUUUAAUAUCAUAUAAUAUAAAUAAAAUUUUAUGAAAAUAUGGAAGAAUUGAAUCCAUUUAAACGUAGGAAAGUUCUUGAUCUUUUAAAAAAAUUUGAAGAUAAUAGAAAAAAUACAUCUGAAUCUAUCAUGACAUUUAAGUUUAAUAAAAAACGUAUUAAACGUUUAAGUAAUUUAAAUGAUAUCAAGGAAAAUUGUAAUGGUAUUUUAUAUUGGAUGUUUCGCGAUAUUAGGAUACAAGAUAAUUGGGCAUUACUUUUUGCUCAAAAAACAGCUUUAAAAAAUAAUGUACCACUUCAUAUAUGUUUUUGCAUAAUGUCAAACUUUCUUAAUGCUUCUAUAAGAUAUUAUAAAUUUCUUCUGAAAGGAUUAGAAGAAAUUGAAAAAGAAUGUAAAAAAUUAAAUAUAAAUUUUCAUCUUUUAUAUGGUGAACCAAAUAUAAGUAUUCUUAAAUUUAUAAAAAUAUAUAAUAUGGGAGCUGUUAUUACAGAUUUUUAUCCAUUAAAAUUACCUAUGUUGUGGAUUGAUAAUGUGAAAAAAAAUCUUCCUAAAGAUGUUCCUAUUUGUCAAGUAGAUGCUCAUAAUAUUGUGCCUUGUUGGUAUGCAUCAUCAAAGCAAGAAUUUGCUGCUAAAACAAUUAGAAAUAAAAUAAAUACAAAACUAGAGGAAUUUUUAACAGAAUUUCCACCUGUUAUAAAACAUCCACAUAUAACAAAAGAAAAGUUUGAAAAAAAUAAUUGGAAAAUAGCUUUACAAAAUGUAGAAGUAGACAAGUCAGUAAAAGAAAUUACAUGGGCUAAGCCAGGAUAUAGAAAUGGUAUUAAGGAACUUGAAAAUUUUUUACAGAAUCGUUUAGAAAAAUAUGGAGAUGAACGUAAUAAUCCUUUAUCAAAUACCAUCAGCAAUUUAUCACCCUGGUUUCAUUUUGGCAUGAUCUCAGUACAACGUUGUAUUUUGGAAAUAAAAGAGUAUAAAAAAUUAUAUAAAAAGUCAGUUGAGUCCUUUAUGGAAGAAGCUAUUAUUAGAAAAGAACUUAGUGAUAAUUUUUGCUUUUAUAAUGAAAAAUAUGAUCUGAUUGAAGGUGCCUAUCCUUGGGCUAUAGAAACAUUAAAUAAGCAUCGGAAAGAUAAAAGAAAAUAUAUAUAUUUUUUAAAUCAUUUGGAAAAUUCAGAAACUCAUGAUGAUUUGUGGAAUGCAUGUCAAAAUCAAAUGGUAACAAUAGGAAAGAUGCAUGGGUUUUUAAGAAUGUAUUGGGCAAAGAAAAUAUUAGAAUGGACUGAAACUCCUGAAAUUGCUUUAAAAUGGGCCAAUUAUUUAAAUAAUAAGUAUAGUAUAGAUGGUUGUGAUCCUAAUGGUUAUGUAGGUUGUAUGUGGUCUAUCUGUGGUGUCCAUGAUCAUGGUUGGCCAGAAAGAGAUAUAUUUGGAAAAAUUAGAUACAUGAAUUAUGAAGGUUGUAAACGAAAAUUUAACAUUGCUGAAUUUGUUAUGAAAUGGGGAAAAAGGAAAGAAAACUAA